AUGGCUUUCACCAUGCAGACACAGGUGAACUUGGCGUCUCCUGCUUCGCCGCUAUCGCUGCGGGCCACGCCGCGAGUUGUAGCCACACCGCCGAGGAAGUUGAAGAAGAACGAGCCAGUCACCAGUGCACUGGUGCUCGUGGCCGUAAUCUUCUUCGGUGUAUUGUUGGCCCUUAUGCUCAUGGCCUUCUUCGCCUACGCACCACUGCUGUGCGCGUCCUGGCUCGGCAUCUUGUACGUCAUCGGGCUCUACUUAUCCACCGAGUCCAAAUGGCGCUGGCACGACGCGCAGGAGUUCGAAAACCGCUUCUGGACCGGCACCGCCUUCAUGUUCAGCGCCGCGGUGCUUUACAUCAAAGACUCACCGCUCGCCGUCGGUCAGUGGAGCUCCUCGCUCGGUCUCGUGCUCGUCUUCGGCUUCACCUCGAGCGUGCACUAUUUCGACAGAUUCCUGCACCGCCAGAAGAUCAGUCACCGCCCGAGACUCAAGCUAACCACCCGACAAAUGUCAUCUAAUUUAUUCAAGUACAAAGCCACAGCCGAAGAGAAGACGCAGCUCGUCAUGGAGUGCGUGAGUCGCAUCGACCGCCAUUAUUUACCCAGUACCAUAAACAGUUUUAUCAACUUCUCAGAGGUCAAGCGGCGAGAGCUGAAGAUCUUCCGGAUUCUCGCUGGAGCAGGGAAAGACGAGCUCAACUAUAUUCUGAACCACACUCAACUAGCUCUGCUCUUCUACAAAGUUAAGGACCACUCGAACGUGCGUGAAGAUCAAAGCCGUACACUCAUUCUCGACUUAUUGUGCACCACACGACUGGCAGAUUUGUCUAUCAUGUCUCGAGCGGUACUACUGGAUGCGAUGAUGGUUAUGAAGAUCAGUGCUCACCCGAUGGCUGAAAAAUGGGUGCGCAAUAUUAUUUUAAAGACCCAGGGAGACGAUCUGAGCAACCUCAAGGCAUACACGGACGCAAAAGGGGAUUUCCACAGCAUGCACAAGCUGGUAUUUAACGACAUUCGUGAUCCAACCAUCCGUGCUGAUAUCCUGAGCCACAUUCAACGGGAAGCUAGCGUUCAGAUCGCACACAUGCGGCUGGGAACGAAGCGAGGUCGUAGUCGCAAGCAACAGGCGUGGAGAAAAGUAUUGAGUGAUGUGGAUGAUACGCUGUACUCCUCAGGUGGACGCUAUCCAGCAGGUUUGGACACUAGAUACCCUCGACACACUCUGUAUCCGGGAGUUCUGCCUUUCUAUCGUGAGCUGGACAUGGGUACUGUUGGGCCUGACGAGUGGACAGAUGAUCGUAUUGGCAAUCUAGUAUUUCUCUCAGCUCGUCCACACGUGUACAAGGAUGUGUCAGAGAAGAAAUCCUACGCGAAAUUUGCUGCACUACACGAGAAGAUGGGGAUGCACACGCUUCCUACGAUGCUUGCUGGCAAUCUGACAUCCGGCCGUGCGUUCAUGUGGCAAGGAGAUCUGGAGCCCAUGGCGCAGAAGAAGUUCGAGAACUUUAGUGAAUUCUACCAGCUCUAUCCGGAGUUCAAGCACGUAUUUGUCGGUGACAACGGCCAAGGAGACGUGCGUGCGGCGGAGUUGAUUGUGGAGAAAUUCGGACCUGAUGCAUUGGAGGCCGCCUUUUUCCAACGUGUGCAGCCAAUGGAGAAAAUAUUCAACUACCACUCGAAGGAGGACUUGGAACGUUGGCGAAAGAUGAACAUCGUCUUUUUCGACACGUACGUGGGUGCUGCAGUCGAAGCCUAUCGUAUAAAGAAGAUUCGACUCAGUGGGCUGAAGAAAAUCUGCGAUGACGCAGUGAAGUCGUUCGAGGGUAUUACUUGUUGGCUCACUCCGCAAAGUCGAGAACGUGCUCGACUCCUGCUGAACCGUGAUAUCACUGUGGCAAAUGCCCUCAUGUCGAAGAAGUUUGGGCCUUCUCCCUUGGUGAUGAAGCCUCAAGUAUUCGCUCUCAACUCGGUCGUUCGCACACCGAUUGGGCGUGCCAUCGUUCGUAGAUUUCGCGGUACCGAUGGCAUUUAUCAAGUGGACUUGACGGAUUGGUCGUCAUCGAGGACAAGACAGAAACGCGUGGAAGCCUUCUUUCCCGACGACAGUCUCACAGCUUACGUUAGUACGGACAUAUCGCCUUUGACCAAGAGCUCACUGAAUUACGUCAAGUUCUACCGCGCUCCACCUGCAGCAGUCUUUGCACCACACACGCUCGUGAAAACGCUUUUCGAUAUUGGUCGAGUAAUAAGUCACCGCGAAGAAGACGACAUUUACACUGUAUCCAUCCCAGGAGACCACAACAUGCUGCAUAUGGUGGCGUUCUUGAAUUCCGAUGCGCUACAACCUGUGGACGAUGAAUUCCUGGAAAACUACGCAUCAAACGGAUCGAUGUCGCCGCGACUAUUUGCUGGUGUGCGUUCUGGUAUUGGUUUCAUCACGAAGAAGCUCAUCACAUUUGUUCCUGGUGGAUCUGGUGCCAAGCCAUUGUUCGCUAUGACGGUAGUGGUUGAUUCGCCGUUUGGUCGCGGUGUGGUUGUCCACUUUCGGGAAGAAGAUCGAGUCUAUGAACUCCGGUUAUUUAAUAGCGAUACUAGGACUCGGAGUGGUGAGCUGCCGUCGCCACUGAGUGUGUUCGUACAGGAGCGACACCUGCAGUUGUCUUCAGUAUCCCCGCCUCGAAGUCUUCUGUCGCUGCUUGGACUGGGCUCGAGCAGGAAAGGGAUAAGAACAGAUCCUCUUCCUGUUGACUCACGUGUUACCACAGCAUACGGAGAGGGUAUCAUUCGCAGCUACCGUGCUGUAGAUGAGGUGUAUGAAGUUGCUUUGAAGGAUUGGACACUUGCGGAUGGUCAUAAGGUUAUGGCAUACAUCUCUUCGCCAGCUUCACUACAACAAAUAGCUCUGUAG